UAUAGAUGCGUGGGUGUAUAAAAACCAGAAGCGUAUUUGAAUCUCUCUGUCUCCCCUCUCCUCUCCUCUCCUCUCCUCUACUCUGUGUUAAAAUGGGUUCAAAGGAUAACGCCAGUUCUAAUAGCUCUGCAUUAGUUUUAUCGCUGCUUCUUCUUCUUCUUCUUCUUCUACACGAAGCAGAGGGAUGCGAUAUGUUCACAGGGCGAUGGGUGAAGGACGCUUCUUACCCUCUCUACGACGUGUCCACGUGUCCGUUCAUAAGACGCGAGUUCGCUUGCAAAAGAAAUGGACGGCCAGAUCUCGAUUACUCUACCUUCAGAUGGCAGCCUCAGUCCUGCAAAUUAGCAAGGUUCAACGGAGUGGAGUUUUUGGAGAGAAACAAAGGGAAGAAGAUAAUGUUUGUUGGUGAUUCUCUUAGUCUAAAUCAGUGGCAAUCUUUGACAUGUAUGCUUCACUCUUCCGUUCCCAAUUCUUCGUAUACUUUAACCACACAAGGCAGUAUCUCAACCUUCACAUUCAAGGAGUAUGGAUUGGAAUUGAAGCUUGACAGGAAUGUGUAUUUGGUAGAUAUAGUGAGGGAGAAGAUUGGGAGAGUGUUGAAGCUUGAUUCGAUCAAUGAUGGAAAAAAUUGGUUAGGAAUGGAUACAUUGAUUUUUAAUACUUGGCAUUGGUGGGGCCGUAGAGGUCCUUCACAACCAUGGGACUGGAUACAACUAGGGACAAACGUUACAAAAGACAUGAACCGUGUGGUCGCAUUCGAAAUUGCGCUUGGGACUUGGGGAAAAUGGGUUGAUACCGUCGUAGAUACUAAGAAAACUAAAGUCUUUUUCCAAGGCAUUUCACCUUCUCAUUACAAAGGAGUUCUGUGGGGUGAACCAGCUGCAAAGAGUUGCUUAGGACAGAAGGAACCACUUAUGGGGACAAAUUAUCCAGGAGGAUUGCCAGCAGAAGUGGGAGUUUUGAAGAGAGCACUUGGGAAAAUAUCCAAACCGGUGACAUUGCUUGACAUUACAAUGCUUUCGUUGCUUCGCAAAGAUGGUCAUCCUUCGCUUUACGGUCUAGGCGGGCAAUCCUCCGGUGGUGACUGCAGCCACUGGUGUCUCGCAGGGGUACCUGAUACUUGGAAUGAGAUUCUUUACAAUUAUAUGAUUGUGUAAAACAAAAUCUAAACACAAAAGAAAAACAAAAUUUAAACACAGAAGAAACCACAAUUAUAGCAUUUGUUAUUGUGUUUGAUUCAAUUUAAAUCUAAAUAUAAAGGUAUCUUCUGAUUUUUGUAAUCAUACAUCAAGCAAAAG